CAACGGCACCCAGAUUUGCCCCAACAACCUGGUGGCCUUCCACGACUUCUCCUCGGAUCUGGAGAACGUGCCGCACCUCCGUUACCUGCGGCUGGACGGGAACUACCUGCAGCCGCCCAUCCCACUGGACCUCAUGAUGUGCUUCCGCCUGCUGCAGUCCGUGGUCAUUUAGGCUGUGGGGGCCCUGGGUCUCCUCUGACCGCACUUGAAUGCUGGUGGGCAGGUGCCUAUGCCCACCGGGCAUUUCCUCUCUUUCUUUCCUGCUCCCAGCUUUGCCCUUCUCAUCCCACCUUCCUGAGGCAGGGACACGCCACAAACCCUGCUGCACCACAGCUUCUGGAGUGAGAGCUCUGAGGGCCUGCUGGCCCCAUGCAGUCCAGAGACUCCCAGGCUUCUGGCCCCAGAGACACAGAUGUGUGUCUAAAGACGUGACAGCCCCUUCUCUCUUCUCCUCCCCCAACACUCCUGGGUAAGUUUCGGCCAGGGACUGACGUCUGGAUCCUGGUCUUGGCCGAAGCCAGCAGAAGAUGGCCAGUCAGGAGCAGCCCAGAGGUGAGAUGUUGGAACACCAGCUGGAGACUCUCCCAUUGUGGGCGGCUCUGGCCCGGGUCCCCUUAGCCAAGGAUCCCAUCAUCCAAAACUAUGGCUCCACCGCCCUGUUCACUGGCACCGGACAUGGUGCAGGCUGUCUGCUGACUGUUCUCCAGACCGGAAGUGAGGGAAUGGCUGAGGGUAGGUGGAGGAUCGGGGUUCCUGCAGUCGCCUGCGUCUGGCUGUCUCUUCACAGGGAUGAGCUGAGUCCUCAGCCCGCACCCACCUCCCUGAGAUUUCCUCUCCUAAGAGUCAGAACAGGGGGCAACAAGGAGAAAAAUGGCUCAAGGAGCUAGGAAUCAGCCUGUGGAGAGUGCUGGGGGUCAGAGCCCCUGGACAGGCCCCUGUGGGUACAGAUGGGUCCCACAGCCCUCUGGGCUGCUCUGGACCAGGAGCCUGAUGCCCUGGGGAACAUAGUGUCCACAGUGGAGGGUACAGAGCCAGCAGCCCCACCCUUCCAUCUGUUCUCUAUCAGUGUGGGUGGCCCAACCCUUCCCAACCCCUGGGAAGAGGCUGGAGAAGAGGCAGAGCACCUGGAAAUCUCCCAGAAGCCUCUUGUCUGUGUGCAAAUUGACCUCACCCCUCUUAAGACAGACACAUCAGUGACACCUGGUGGCUGGUGCAGGUCACAGCCAGCCCAGUCUUCUCACGUCUCGGGUGAUUUUCCAAGGUCAAGUUGCUGGCCUCCAGCUCCAACUUGCAAAGCCAUGGGCCAUGAGCAUCUCCGAUUUCUCCUCUGGGGUCUAAAGGGCACAAAGGUACAGAGACCCUAAGGCAAGGGACUGAUUCCCAUCAUGAGUGAGCAUAAGUAGGAACCUCCGGAAACCCAGGAGACAGAUUGUCCUGUUUGCUGUCUGAGCUUGUAGGUCCCUUCUUCCCCCAGCUCCCAAGUCUGUAAACCCAGGGGUGAUAAGAUGUCCCUCUGAGGUCCCUCCAGCACUCAUGUUCCCGUCUGUGGCUCCAGCCUUUAGGCCCUGCUCUAAUUCAGGACAAGUCCUAAAUACUGUCCCCUUCCCCUGCAGUAAUUUAUUCCCCGUGUGGACUGUCCCCCCUCCGAAGUCCCCCACCUCCCUGCCUGGGCCAGGUGAGUGACUUGGCAGGCCUCCAAGCACAGCCUGGGACUCCAGGGCUGACCCGCCUCCCCCUUGCCCUUCACUUCCUCUUCCCCUAAGGCGUGUUGCCCCCGACAGCCCCCUGAGUAUGUAUGUUGGUGGUGGGUUGGGGGGGAUGUUCUAGAAUUUAGGAGGACACAGUGCCCACCCUCAAGUUAGGUUGAGAAAAAUUCAGAGAUUUUUAAGAAGUUGCGUUAAGCUAGGUCUCUAACUUCAAGAGAUCCUGUUGUACUUUCUCAUCUGUCUCUUUCGCUAAUUGACAGAAAACGGGGCCCGUUUCCUCGUAGCCUCCUCCUCCGUGCGCCCAUACAACUGCUCCUUUCUUCCUAGCUGUGGCUUUUUUCUCUGAGGCUCCUGCUUAAAGUCAGUGUGUUACUGUGGCUCUAAGCAACCUGGUGCUGUGGCCUGGAUAAGCUGCCCUCCCACACCCUGCUCACACCCUGCAACCUUAGCCCCUCCGAUGAGGCCAUCCUGGGGGCAGAGCUGGGGCUCCCGGUGGGGAGGGCUCACUCCCUGCUUCCGCAAACCGGGGGUGUUCUGUUUCAGCAGCAACCCGAUCACCACCAUUCGGCUGCCCUGUCUAGAAUAUGUCUGCUCCCCCCAUUGCUCCCUGGUGGCUAUAAGCCAGAGGGGAUUCAAGUUCAAUUGGCUUUAUAGCAACACCACCCCCACACACAACAUGCUGGUUCCCCUGGGUUUCAGGAAGCCCACUCCUCCACACAAGUUCAUUCUGUCCGUGCUGUCAGCAUCUACAUAUACAUGUGUGUAUGUAGGUAUGUGUUCUCUGUACAUACAUCUAUUCUUUCUCAAAGGCCAUGUUAACUGCGUGAAACAACUUUCACAUUCCAACAUGCUUCACAGCAGAGGAAAUAAAGUAAUAUGAAAGAUAUCCUGCUUGAACUUGACAAUGAACAGGUCAAGAAUGUCUUGAAGUCAUCUCCAACAGCAUCACCACCCACCCACCCACCCCCACCCUCCAUCUCCCAUCUCUUACCUGCCCUGAGAAGAUGGGUGGAGAAAGGAUCCUAUGCUUAAGAAUCUCAAAGAACACGAUUCCAAAUCCUCUUCUUGGCAAAUUUCCCCCAAAUUCACAAUCCUCAUGAAAACUUAUUACUAAAGUUGGACCAGAAGCUGACGGCUGCAUUUGAAGCCCAGAGCCCCUGGGAUUCUCUCAACCUACAGAUGCCGAAUUGUUCAGGGCUUCCCACAUGCUCUGUACUGAGUCAGAUACAGAAAGACGAAACAGUUACCAUUCCUGACCAAGUAAAGCUUACAGACGAGCUGAGGAGAUGCAGUUUAAGAACCAUGACACGGGGCAGAGCUGUUUCAGAGGCAGAGAACAAAGGGCCACAUUAUCUGAAAUGGUCUACAAGCCAACCACAUGCUCGCAGAGGGGCGAGAAUGGGAUGCAAGAAUCUCCAGAUGGGAGUUUGAUUCCAGAACUGGGCUUGUUGAUCCCUCAGCUCGCACCCCUUUCUGUAAGAUGAGAACUGCCUUACGCUGCACCCACCCCCACCCCCUCCCUCCUAAAUGCCUGCUUCAAUUCAAUUCAGAAAGUUGUCAACAGACAUCACCUAUGUGUAGGGACCCCAGCUAAGAAUUCAAGGAUAGAUGAUAGACACUCCAUGCCCUUGAGGCAUUCAUAGCUUGGUAAAGGGAAAAAUCCAUGAAUUAAUAAUUCUGUGUCUCAAGUCUUUGUAAAAUGCUGUACAAAGGGCAUGGCAGAGAGGGCCUCUACCUCUGAGGGGGACCCAGAGAGGCGCCCAUCAUUUGAGGAGGAUACUAAGGGAUGAAUCAGAUUGUGCUUGGUGGCAGAAUGAUGUAAAAGCACAUGCGGAGAGGAGAGAGCGCGAGCCGGAAGGUAGGAGGGCGCGGAGUGUGCCCGCAGGGUGCGUGUGUCCAGCCUUUUUCUCCGGCUGGUGAGCGCGGAGCCUCUGCCUUUGUAAAUGGGACUCUGAACAUGCAGAGAGGCCGAGGGGAGGCGCUCUGACCAGUGCCACCGCCCACAGCCUGCAGCUCCGAGGAAGCACGUCAACACCGGAGGGAGGGGCUGAAGGCGGCCAUCCAAAGAGGUGAAUGGGGGAUGGGGCUGCACCUGAAAGCCGGAGGUUCUCCAGGGAUGACGAUGAUGAUGGUGGCGAGGAGGAUGUAGGAAAUUCUCAGAAUCUGCUGAGGUUAGGCCCUAGAAAAUUCUUCCUGAUCACAGACAUCAGAAGGCAUGGUGUGGGGCCCACAGGGGGCUGGGCAGAAUCCUCUUCCCCACCCUCACCCCCCCACCGAAGCCAUAUUCAUCAGGACAGACUUGCUUGGCGCCUGAGGCUCUGCAGGGCAAGUCCUGGCUGAGGGCAGGGCUGCGCAGACUAAGAUGUGGUCCCCCGACUCCCCUGGCCCACGUGUUUGCCCGGGUUCUGCAGCGAGUUUCCUCCAGGGGCCAGAUCCUGCGUCCUGGCCACAGAGCUCCCUGAAGACGGGAGUCCAAGCCUCUGUUGUGCAGAUGGGAAACCGGGGCCCAGGGAGGGGAGGGGCUUGCUCAGGAUCGCACAGAGCCGGAGCCGGGGCCUAGGUUUCCCGUCAGGCCGGCGUUGCCCUUUUGUUCAUGUGAUCGACUCCCUCUGCACCUUGGUCUCCCCUGCCCCAGCCCCGCGACAGUGUGCCUCAGUGCCCUCAGAACAGAUGGCCUUGGCAGGCCUCUCUGCCCCGGGGCACCAGGUGAAGGGGCGGAUCUAACAGCCUGGCCCAAGGGGCAGUGUUGGCCUGCAGUGUUCCCCGCACCAGCUGGCUUGGAGGAGGCUUCUCCGUGCGCCAGAACCUGGUCACCGAAGGAGCGUGUGCAUCUGUUCCCCUGGCCGCCAGUGUCUAGGGAGAAGCAGGACAGCGGCUCUGUGGCGGGGAGGAGGGGCAGCCCUGCAGCCAGGAGGAUGCCCAGGAAGCAGAUGGCUUAUUUGGAGCAAUGUCCUUCUGACCUCCCACAGCCAGAUCCCACCCCGCGCCCCCGUCCCCGGCACAUCUCCCCCUGCCCUCCUCUUCCCACGCUGUUUAUUCCCUGCAACUGUUCAUUCAUUCCCCCUGCCACCUGCUCCCACUCUCCCUUCCCACUUCCUCCGCGUCACACAGUGGCCCCACCACACGCUCUUCCAGCUUUGCGGUCACACACACAGCCAGUCUCAUACCCCACGGGCACCAGCUUCCCUCCUCCCCAACAAAGAGCCUUUUCUGACCCAGGCCUCAAGUCCUAGACCCUCUCCCAGCUUCUGCUCCUGCUUUCACAAGCUGGCCGGGCACGCAGUCCAGUUCCCGUGGGUCUCAGGGAGUGUCCGGAGGGGGGUGGGUGUGACCUGUGUGGGAACCGACUCAGCAGCACGCUGUGCAGGCCUUCAGCUCCCUGGGAGCCUGCGAAAGGGGGUGGGCGGUGCGGGCGGCCUUCUCAUCUAAUCCGAGACUCUCAUUAGGAGAAGCACAAGGCGUGCUGAUGGAAAGGAGGUGGCAGGGGCUGCGGACAGAAGCCUGGCCAGCUGACCCUGUGGCCACCCUGCUCAUGGGCAGGGAGAGGGGCUGGGUGGAAACAUCAGGAACCCACCUGCUUUUUGGACAGCAGGGAUAUACUCCCUGCUGAGGGCUAAUAGGCACAUACCUCCCCGACCAGAACACAACCCUCUCCUUUUCUCAGACACACAUACACACACACACACACACAUACACACACACUCCGUCCUCCUACCUUCGGCUGUGCUCUUUCCUCUCCUGGUUAUGUGCUCUCCCCCCACUUCUGCCACCUAGCAAAAUCUGAUUCAUCCCUUAGUACCCACCUCAAAUGGUGGGAGCCCCAUCCCUGCAUGUGCCCCCACCCCUUCUCUGAGAGUACAGAAUCUGAGGCGGGGGCUGUCCCUUAGGGGGUGUGAACUGCCUGCCCCUCAAAGUGGCUGGGCCAGAAAGGUAGCAGGCAGACAAAGAGGGGAGAAGAGGGUAGGGGCAGGAGUGGAGUGGGGAGAGGAAGAAAGAAUUCCCUCUGAAUAAGCAAAAGACCUGGCAGGGCCCCUGAGGAAGGUGGAGGGAACGCAGCAGGAUGCCAAGAAGAAGGGAAGUCUGAUUGGCCGCCUGCUGGCCUUGGCCGGCUCCCCUCCGGCCCCACUGUCUCCUCAGGCCCCACUGCAGAGGCCCAGCUGUCAGAGUGCCUGCUUCCCUGGAAGCUCCGAGGCUCCGAUCAGAACCACAGGAGUGUAGCUGGGUGCGCUUGUAUAGGAGCAAACAUGUGGACCUGGUUGGCGUGUCUCUGUUGGGAUGAGUAAAUGAGCCCUUGCGAGGUGUCUGCACAGGCUGUGACCCCAUGAAGCUCCUGGCUUUCCUGAGCUUGCUGGCCCUGGCGUUGCAGGAAGCGCGCACAGCUUCCCUCCCAAAGCAGGAGCUGGAGAGGAGAGAAGAGGGCCUGCGAAGGGAGGGUGACUUGUCCACAGCUCUGCCUCUGGGGAACUAUGGCCUGAGCCUGGACAGCUAUGAUGAGGUCAUUGACCUGAGCAGCUAUGAGCAGCUCCCAGACUAUGGGGACCAGCUCCCUGAGGUUCAAGUAACCAGCCUGGCGCCUCCAACUGGGAUCAGUUCCACUCAGAACACUAUGAGUCCCAGGGCACCCUCUUCAAACCCCACCGUGACCAGGCCUACGAUGCCAGGCCUGCUGGGCUCCCCAACCAGCCAGGCCCUGCCCACCUGUCUGGUCUGCGUGUGCCUCGGUUCCUCCGUGUACUGUGACGAUGCCAACCUGCACAUCAUCCCUCCCCUUCCCCAGACAACCGCCUACCUGUAUGCCCGCUUCAACCACAUCAGCCACAUCCAGGCAGGAGACUUCAGAGGGCUGACAAAAUUGAAGAGGAUUGAUCUCUCUAGCAACUGCAUCUCCUCCAUCGAUGCCGAUGCCCUCUCCCUGCUGCCCGAGCUGCAGGAGCUGAUCCUCCCGGAGAACCAGCUGGCGGCUCUGCCUAAGUUGCCCCCUGGCAUUGAGGUCCUGGACGCCCGCCUGAAUCGGCUCCAGAGCUCGGGGAUCCAGCCUGAGGUGCUCAGGACGCUGGAGAAGCUGCAGUCCCUGUACCUGGCCAACAACCUGCUGGACUCCGUCCCCGGGCCCCUGCCCCUGAGCCUGCGCUCACUACACCUGCAGAAUAACGUGAUAGAGCGCGUGCAGAGAGAUGCCUUCUGUGACCCCGAGGCGCACAGGCACACCCGGAGGCGGCUGGAGGACGUCCGCCUGGAUGGCAACCCCGUCAACCUGGGCCUCUUCCCCAGUGCCUACUUCUGCCUGCCCCGGCUCCCCACAGGCCGCUUCUCCUAGCUCAGCCCUGUUCCUCCCGGGCAGGAGCCCUCGGAGGACGCCCCUCGCGGGCCACAGGGCCCAGUGCCCUGACUCUGAAUGCCUUUCAUCUUAAUCAGCCUCACGUCCAGUUGUGGAGAUCACCCCCACCCGCCAGCACACGUUCGGAAAUGUCCUUCAGCAGCUAAACCUGCAUUUCUUCAUCCUCUUUCCUUAAUGUCUUAUGUUUCCUGGCUCAGAGAACAGGGUCUGUAGCAAGGUUUUUUCCCAUGAUCCCCAUCCCUCCUACCCGCACAGAUGCCGGGAUAGUCGUGUAAGAAGAGGACAGGGAAGGAGGGAGAGGGGGACCCAGCGAUGUGUUUUUCUUCCUACUGGGCUUGCAAGGAUGCAUUUAUUAAUUACAUUUUCCAGCAUUUUGCAAGCCAGUUGUUAAACACAGUCAUAUUAAAAAUUAUAUUAUAAAAACUUGCAAUCAAGUAUAUUAUGUUGAAACAAAAGUAAGAAAUACUCAAACGCAUCACUUCCCAAGAAUUUUAUUCUAUUUUAUAGCUGACCAUUUUCUUGAAUUUAUCUCCACCCUGGUAUCUGUAGGCAGAACUACUGUGUGCUGACGUGCAAUGCUGCUCGCAGGGAUGUCACAUUGGAAGUUUGAAAUUGGCCACAGUAGGGUAUUUAUGCCGUGGAAAUCAGUGACUAGUAGGACUGUUUUUUUCU